AUGUCGACCCGCCAAGAAAACGGACACGGAAUAGUCCCUCGGAGACGAAAUGGCAAGCAGCAAGCUUGCGAGCCAUGCAGAAAAGCCAAAAUUGCUUGUGAUCAUAGUCUCCCUAUCUGUGAACAAUGUAGGCGACGAAAAGCAUCGGCAAAAUGUAUAUACCUCACAGCGCCCAUGACCCGUCGACGACCUCCAGCAGAUUCCAAUACAGGAAUGGAGCUUGAACAUACCAUACUACCAACCCCCACUCAAACCCCUUCUAGUAUAUCUAUUCACGAGCGUUUGUUUCCUCCAGAUAGUAGGCCACCUACCGAGCCCGGUCGAAUUCAGUCAGGGGGCUUCUUCGGUCCAACAAACUUCUCUGCAGUGUUCGAAGAGAAUCGGGAUAAUAUCGGCAACGAUAUACAGAUCUCCAAUGAGUCUGGUGCACUCCCAUCUUAUGAUAGUCUCCAGGCUCAUAACUUCCUCAUGCUACCAGGAAAUACAUUUGUUGGUUCCCCUCGAAUCCAGCUGGGAAUCAAGAUCUUAAAACAGCUUCCCGACCAACGAACCUGUGACCAUUUGCUAAAAUGGUAUCUUGCAACAACUGCCGAGUGCACUCCUUAUAUUCCGAAACAAGCUUCGGCUUAUAUAGCACACUCAGUAUGGAUUACGUGGGGAAAAGAAUUCAGAGAACCGAGACAUCUCAAAGAUGUCGAACGUAUAUCUACUCAUCUAUGCAAGAACUCCGAGCAUCCUCUACUGGAGGUUGAUGAUUAUCAUUCCUGGUUAGAGUGUAUCACUGGAGCUAAUAUGAGAUGGGAAGCUGUGGGGCUCGUAUUUGCAGCUCUUUGUAAGUCUGUUCUGUCACUCCCGGAGAGGGAUGCCUUUUUCACAACUCAGAAUGGUCAGAGAAAGGAUCGAAAAUACUUCGCAAUGGAGUUAAAAGAUUGCAUUCAAGCUUGUAUCACGCUGUCCAAUUAUAUGGACUAUAUUAAUAUCGUCAUGGUUGGGCUCUUGACUAAAAAUCUGAUCAUCUGCACUGUGAUCAUGGGCGAUACAAGUCUAAUCGUCUGGAGGCAAAUAGGAGAUCUCGUUAGCAUGUCAACAGCACUCGGUCUUCAUCGCCAACCGGAUAAUGAUGGGCCUGUUACAUUCUUGUCCGAGUGUAAAAGACGUCUAUUUACAGUGAUAUUUAACAUCGACAAGAGUUCCUCUCAUCUCACAGGUCGCCCACCAGCACUGAGCUACCGUUACACUCGUUUCCGUUUCCCCCUCGAUAUCGAGGACGAAACACUUACUCAAGGCCCCGAAGCCAUAAACAUUGCCGUGGAUAAAUUAGACGCCAAUGGCUGGAAUCAAGAAGGUAGAUUCACAAACGCGACCAACACUCGUGCGCACGGUUACCUAGCUAUCAUUAUCGACGAAAUUCUUGAAGUAUCCCUGACCGGCAGCGCCAGUGAUAAUCGGAUCACAGACCUCCUAGCACGUCUCCAACAAACUUACGACAGCUUUCCCUCCUGCACUCACUAUCAUCCUAGUAAUGCCAACUCCCCCUCCAUCUCUGACGGUAUGCUUUGGCGUCGCAUCUGUCUCCGCCUCGCAUACCUCGAACAACGCCUCACACUCGAACGCCUAGCCCACAAAUCGCUCCUCCUUUCUGGGCAAUCCAUGAUUUCUUGUGCCCUCGAAAUGCUCCAACUAACCGUUCUAUUCUGGGUGCAACGCGAUCGGUUCGUCGAACACCAUCACGAUUACGAUUGGAUGCUAAUGUGCUGGGGUGUUCCAUCCAGCGGGGUCCUCUGCGUUGAAAUCCUCAAACAGAUGAAAUCCCCACACGAUUCCUCCAUGCAACUUCCCAAAUCGGAGAUUGUGCAGAACUUGAGUUUGUUGGUGGGGUUCUUCGAAUGGAUUAGACCGAGUGCGGGGAAUUAUCAAUUGUGUGGGAGAAUGAGUAGGUUGGUGAAGAGAAUUCUGGAUCAGAUUUUGAAUAGUGGGAUGGGACCUCAAGGUCAUGUGCAGGAACAGGAAGGGGAAAAGAGUGGUUCGGGACUGGAUGAUAAUAGGGAUAGUGGUUUUACGGCAAAUGGAGGUAUGGAUGUGGGAAUGAUGGGGAUAGAUGAAUUAAAUGGAAUGGGUGGCGAUGUGGGCGCAUUUGGAAACUUAGAUUGGUUGAAUGAGUUGGAUUGGAGUAGGGGACCUUGGAUGAACUUGGAUGGUCUUACUUGA